CAGGAAGCGGAAGUGAAGAAUGCGUAUAUACGUACCCCAGCUGCCACUUAGCAACGCGAGGAGGUCAGGUGACACAACCAGCUGACUCCCUUAGAGGAAGACCCUGUGGUUGGGGCAGUUGUAGCCUCGGUUUCCCGGCCGGAGAUCCGAGCCAAACUGUCAUCGUCAGAAUGUCGGGCAAAGACCGAAUUGAAAUCUUUCCCUCGCGCAUGGCACAGACCAUCAUGAAGGCUCGAUUAAAAGGAGCACAGACAGGUCGAAACCUCCUGAAGAAAAAAUCUGAUGCCUUAACUCUUCGAUUUCGACAGAUCCUAAAGAAGAUAAUAGAGGCCACGCUUACACCGAAGUUUACAGUCACUCUAACUGCUGCAUCUGUGGAAAGGACCUCUUUACUGGGUUGUUGGGGAACCACAGUUCUAAGUAUUCUCUCUGGUCUUAGAAGUAUAAUCAUAUUGCUGCUGUGGUACAGGGAUGCAGGUCACCUCCCAGUACCUGGCUGUAUGGUCCUUGCGGAAGAAUGGCGUGAGAAGAUGAUCCGGGCCGGAAGGAUGUCGAGGACUAAAAUGUUGAUGGGUGAAGUGAUGAGAGAAGCUGCCUUUUCACUUGCUGAGGCCAAGUUCACAGCAGGGGAUUUCAGCACCACAGUUAUCCAAAAUGUAAAUAAAGCCCAAGUGAAGAUCCGAGCUAAGAAAGAUAAUGUAGCAGGUGUUACUUUGCCAGUGUUUGAACAUUACCAUGAAGGAACUGACAGUUAUGAACUGACUGGGUUAGCCCGAGGUGGCGAGCAGUUGGCGAAAUUAAAGAGGAACUACGCCAAAGCAGUGGAGUUACUGGUGGAACUAGCUUCGCUUCAGACCUCCUUUGUCACUUUGGAUGAAGCCAUUAAGAUAACCAACAGGCGUGUCAAUGCCAUUGAACACGUCAUCAUUCCCCGGAUUGAACGUACCCUUGCUUAUAUCAUCACAGAGCUGGAUGAGAGAGAGCGAGAAGAGUUCUAUAGAUUAAAGAAAAUACAGGAGAAGAAAAAGAUCCUUAAGGAAAAAUCUGAGAAGGACUUGGAGCAACGGAGGGCAGCUGGUGAGGUGAUGGAGCCUGCUAAUCUUUUGGCUGAAGAGAAGGAUGAGGAUCUUCUGUUUGAAUAAUCUUUCCCGCUCUGGUUCUUUCAUAAGCUCUAACAUGGCACCAUUUUAAUUCACGGUGUGUAGGUUUGGUAUGUGUGGCUAUUUAUUUUUUGGCCUAAGAAUUUCACUGGUGGUAAAAUUUCCCUGGAUGUUGGUUAUGGGACUACCUUUGCACAAUCCUAAUUCAACAACCAUUUAUCACAUGAGAUUUGUAGCCCCUACCCAGGAACCUGUAGAAUUUAUUCAGCAGAAGCAGUACCCUGCUCCUUGUACAUUUGUUCAAGUGAUCUGCUUACCAAGCAUAUUAGGAAAUCCCCCUUAGGAAGCAGCCGUGGCCUCACGCCAGCUAUGGCUGUGGCCGCCUGUGUUCCCACCUACACCGACACCGUGGCACUGCUGUCUGAGAUCGCUGCGGCCAUCCUUGGGACCCUGGUACUUCUCUCCAGCUUUAUGAAACCUUCAGUUUGCCUUGCAUGACAGGUCUCUGUCCUGUCUGUCAUGAGAGUUCUGCCAAUUUUAAUGUGAUUAUGGUAUAAACAGUAAAAUGAUUUAAAAGUGAAUUGUUCCUUUUUUUUUUUUUUAAUUUACUAUCAGUCACGUUCUUAUCCUCAGAUUGGCACAUGGGUUAGAGCUUCCUCUGCAGACAUGGAGGACAUGGAGAGUCUCCUCCUUCCCCCUGCCCCUUCAUAGUACGUGUUUUCCUGAUAAGCUUACUGGGAUGAUUGUUGAAUUUUGGGGUAUUCAUAAACAUGCCAGUGAGUUAAGAGGGGUUAUUAAUACUUUCUUUCCUAAUCUAAGAAAAAAAAAUUCUCAUCUGAGAGUAAGUAAUAAGGUAACUUUUUAUAAGCAGUAACACUUGCUGUCUUCCAUUAAAUAGGAAGAUGAGGCAUUUGAGUGGCCAUAUCAGGAGCUGACUGAGGUUUUUUCGUGCUGUUUGAUUUGGUGAGCCAUCCAUGUUUACUCAGGCUUUCUUGUACCCAGUCCUGGGCAUUUCUGAGGUGACUGGCUAUGGAACAGUUUUGGGUAAAAUUGUUAACACUUGGCUUAUGAGUACUGUAUUUAAGUCAAUUGAUAUCGUAAGCAUAGGCUUUUUAAAGUACCAAGUAAUUUUGCGAACAUUUAAUACCUGCUGCAGAAUAAUCUUAGUUAUGUGCCAGGCCCUGCUUCAAGUGUUUUAUUUAUAUUAUCACAACAACCAUAAGAUAUACUUGUUAUUUUAAUCCCACAUUUCACAGAAGAAAACUUUAAGGCCCAAGGAGCUGGAGUAAUUGGUCCUAGGUCAAAAAGCUAGAAAGUGGUGAAUCUGGGAUUUAAAUCCAGGCAGUCUACCUUCAGUGUUUUUAUACCCUUCUAACCUUUCUUGCCUCCCCUAUAUUUAAAACUUUGGGUAAAGGUAAGAUCUAAGGCCUGUCCUGGAGGAGCUGAGUUUUGGCAAACCCUGUUUUGAAUCGGAGGUUUUAUUCUGUAAGUAACUUCAGUAGUGAUUGGAAAACCAACAGGUGAGUUCCUAAGCAGUUCAAUGUUACCUAUUCUCAAGGCUUAAUAUUUAAUCCUCCCAACACCGGAGUGAGGUGUAAGUACUGUUCUCUCCAUUUUACAGAUGAGGAAACUGAGGCUUUGACAGGUCAGACAGCAGAGCUAGGAUGCAGGCCUUGGUUCUUAAGCAGUAUGUUCUGCCUCUCUAGGAGGCAAAAAAUAGCUCGAAGGGUAUGAGAGCCCAGAUUACUUAAUGGUUUUUCACUUAGGUAAAUUCAGUGUUCACCUUCACCCGCCGAGGCCAGAGAAGCAUCUAGAUUUCUCCUGUGGCUUCUUAAAGCUCUUUUUUAUUGGCCUCGGCUAAACUCCCUACAAAACUGCGAUGAAUUUAUGGUUUUAGCAUAUCGUUAACUUAGAAAUCAGAAGAAAAUUGUAAACCAAAUUUGUUGCGUGGGGUGAUGUGAUCCAUAGGGGAAGGGAAUGAUCAUGAAUAGAAAGCCAGAUGUGUGUGUACGUGUGACCCUUUUUGUUGGUAUGAUUGCCUCCUUUGGGAGAUCUAGAGUGGUACAGUAGAAAAGUGAAUGUUAUGUAUUUGUCAACUCACAUCCCUAGCCUUUGUCCCCGCAAAUCCUUGGCUGCAUAUAAGUGGAAUUUGCCCAAGUAUUACAUACGUUUUUUCCUAGAAGAUGUUUAAGUUCCCAGUGUUACGCUAUCUUUAAUAAAACGUUUUUAAAACAAGGAAACAGAACCUAUGUCUGUGCCAAUAGGGGGCACUCCCCCACCAUGAAGAAUAAAUUAAAAGGUAUUUUAUGUUUCA